AUGUCUGCCUCACCUUUCCCAGCCUUGCCUGUAUCGCAAGUCACAAUUCCAUCAAAUCCGCUCAUCAUCAAGGCGUAUGAGUAUGUCAAGGAACAUACCAGCCUUUCGACCUUGAACCAUUGCCUACGCAGCACUUCAUUCGCACUGAUUAUCUUGCGCAAGUUUCCACCUCUGGUGGCAGCUGCACCGCACUUGGACACCGAGCUUGUGGUUCUUUCGAUUAUCAUGCAUGAUUUAGGAUGGGCAACGACCAAAGAAAUUCUGUCGACAGACAAAAGAUUCGAGGUCGACGGAGCCAAUCUCGCUCGCAAGUUGAUCCAGUCAUGCACUACAGAGAUGACCUGGGACAAGCAUCGACUCCAGCUGAUAUGGGACGCCAUUGCUCUACAUACUACACCUUCCAUCGCGCAUAACAAGGAGCCGGAAGUCUUCCUCGCUCAACUAGGCAUCAUGGGAGAUUUCUUCGGGCCAAAUAUUCCCCUUCCCGGUGGCGUUAUCUCGAUCGACGAAUACAAGGAGGUCGUGACAGCAUUUCCAAGGGCAGGGUUCAAGGAAGAAAUGGUAGGCAUCAUGUGCGGGCUUUGCCGUGACAAGAAGGAAACGACGUUCGACAAUUUUGUCUCACAAUUUGGCGUGGUCGAGGGCCUUGAUGGGAAAGGCACUGGGAGGGAGGAAUACCAGAAGGAAUUGGAAGCGCACAAUCUGCGAAAUAUGCUCCUUGGGGGCCUUGAUGCUUGCAAGGAAUUUGAGUAG